AUGGACACAGAGCUUGAUCACAUCAUCUACACUAUCCUUUCUCUUGAAGAAGACUACCCAAUAUCGUCUCCUCCCCUGAGCAACCUGAAUAAUCAAGUUAGCCCCAUUGGAGAACUGCCCAACCUUCUUUCAAUCAUGAACAUUUCAGAGCCACCUAAGGUCUCAAAUGUUUUAGAGCAGACUCUGCUAGAACUCUUCACCUACCUGGGUUACCAACAAGAGGAAGGGAAUUACCAAAGCAUGAACCGAAGUUUCAGUGAACAAAUAUCUCAAAUUGCACCAGACAUGAACAGCCGAGCAGACCUCAACAACAAUCAAAACUACAAAGUGUUAAAAAGAAAGAUGUGCGAAGCGGAGAUGGAUGAUACCAAAUAUUCCAUGGAAGCCGUUCACAACUCCCGCGCCGUCCUUUCGAACGCCAAGUUCAGAAAAAAGACAAUUUACAACAGGGAACAGACCGUCUUCCUCCAGAACCAGUUCGAUCUCAAUCCAUACCCAGACUUCGUGACACGAUGCCGUAUUGCAGAAAUCGCAGGGAUUCCAGAACCGAGAAUACAGGUUUGGUUUCAGAACCGAAGAGCGAGACAUCUUUGCAAACCCAAUACAUUUUCAGAGCAGAAGUCCUUAGGUACCGGAGGGCCUUCCAACAGCUUCAAGUAUAACCAAAACUUAAGGAGGAGCUACAGGACAACGGACAACCUGGAGAACAUGGGGUGGCCCUUCAAUCCUUCCUCAAAACAAUCUUGA